AACGUCGGAAGCCUUGAUGCAUGUAGUGUGUGUUUACUGCAGCUGGAGUGGGCCACAGACCAGAGAAUAGUGACAAAGAAACUACCUCACUGGAAAUGCCCUCAUUACCAGCUUCUGAUGGGUUUCAAAAUCCAGUCCAGUCUUCGGGACUAAAUUCCAAGAUCUGUAAUCCCACAAAUCAAUUACUUGAUCAUUCUGUCUCUGCCCCUGCUUCAGUUUGCUCAUCUGAAUCCAGCCUUGCAGAGCCCAUUGAUCCUGGAGCCAUCAAGACUUUUGACUCUUCACUUGAACACCAGAUAACCCCAGAAAAAGAACAUUCUUUGGUAUUACAACAUCGUUCCAGUAGCUCUUCCUUGGCAAAUAAUGACCCCUCUCCGCACACCGGGGAUGGAACCGGAACCUGCUCCAAUCCAGCUUGCCUUUCACAGAAGACACUCAAAAAAACAUUUAUUGCUGACAUUUUAAAGGAAUGUAAUGCUAAAGGACAAGAUCAUGGUCARGAACAUCCACUGGAAGUGACAAAAGUCAAGUUGGCUGACACUGCUGCCAAGCACGGGCGGGAUAAAAACGUCUGUCUGUCUGCAGAGCAGGAGCAAAAGCCUGAGCUUUCUACAGACCAUCAGACAUACAAAGAGCCAGAAMAGGAACAUCUUGAGCAAACUGAGACAACUGACCCAGAACCUCCUUGCUGUGUUAGUGAGGCUGAGAAACCUGCUGUGGCAGAAGCCAAACAGCUAGAAAAUCCUCCCAUGGAAAUGAGAGAUGGACUGGAGAGAGCAGGUCUUUCCUGUGUGAAARGGAGUAUCCAACUGCUAGCCUCCUGUAGCCAAGUGCACAUGGAAGCCUCCAUGGAAACAGAUGCAGUGGAGCAGGCUGCAGCUGAACUGCAGAGCUCAGCAAGGGAGCAGAAGACUGAGAACAGAUGUGUAUCCAGCCUGARCUCAGAUGCCUUCUCCAUGGAGGUGGAGUUGCUGAAGUCUCCAUCCUCCUUGACUGACUCACUUUCCACCAUGAAUGUCCUGCAGUCUGAAAGCACUGGUGAAAUUCCUGCAAAGUAURAGUUGGCUAAUUUGGCAGCAGACAGCUCUCCUCCCUCCAGCAUCCACCAGCUGGACACAGAUCCAGGAAGACCUUCAGAAGAGCCAUGUUUCCCUCUAGCAUCAGCCUUGAAAGAGCUUCACAAACUCUUGGUUAUCAGUCGCAAAGGAGAAUGUAAGAUCCUUGGCUCAGAAGAAGUCUCACAGCUGGAAAUGGUUCAGAGAAAGCCAGCAGUGCAACAGAAGGGGCUUCCUGAAGGUGAGCAGAAAGGCUUGGACCCAGCCAGCCAGGAACAGAGCUGUUCCUUCCCUGAGGUGAGGUGUGAGGAUGGAGGAGCAGAGGGGAGCCAGCACUGUGAUGGUGUCAGAGAGCACAUCAGCACUGGGCCCGUCRGUCCUGGGCAGCCUGUGCUCGAGGGAGGUGCUUUAGAGAGGGAGAAAGGUUCAGGUAAGAGCAAUGUGGUCGUGGUGAGUUCUGCAGCCACACCUGGCCAGCAGAGCCCAGAACAGGGGGAGGUUUUGGCAGGAGGUUCUCAGAGUCCAUCUAGUCCAACUUUGGAGCAAAGCACACCYGUUUCCUCCACAUCUGCUUCGAGUGAAGGUGUACCACAGAAUGCUCAGAGCCUGUUCACAGGAGCUCCUGGGAGAAGUGACAGUGCUGCUCCUGAAGGUCCGUGGCUGGUGGGUGGGAGUGAGGAACCACYACUGAGCCCAGCAGCUGCCUACACCAGACUGACCACAGGAGCUUCUGCACCCCCUGCUUUCCCUGCRGCUGAUGUUGACCGGAUCCUCAGUGCUGGUUUUACCCCACAGGAAGCUCUCGAGGCCUUGGAACRAGCGGAUGGAAACGCGGAUCUUGCUCUUCUCAUUUUGUUAGCCAAGAGCAUCAUUGUUCCCACGUAACUAUGCAAGAGGGAGCUGACUGGGGGAAUCUUCUUUUACAGGAGUAUCUCAAUUCCACACCACAGUGGAUGAGCAGAAUGUUGAGCCAGAUUUUUUUUAAUUAUUUACAGCCAAAGUAACAUGUGUCUUCUGUUUCACUUGUUAGAUUUGGGCUUUGAAAAGAAAGAAAACAUCUUUGCAUUGUGUGGACAGGAUAGYUUUUAAUCAUGCAUACUGGAUUAAAAUUACUGCUUUUAUUUGAAUGUACAAUUUUAGAAUAAGCUCCAAUGCUGUGAAUAAAUAGCAGCAACCACUGCGCUCACUGCCCUGUCCAGCACAAAGGGGGUUGUGAUGGAAAUUGGCCACAUGUGCACAGGACAGGAGGUGUACACCGRAUCCAGUGUGGACUCUGGAUUUGUUGCAGCUCCUUGGAACCCAACAUCCAGCUGUUGAAAUUAUUCUGGCAGCUACUAAAGGUGUGUAGAUGCUCGUGGAUGUGUAAAGCUUUGCCAGAGGAGMAAGGGUUUUUUUUGGGGAGUGUGGGUUUUUGGGUGUGCAUGGGGAAGGCUGAUGCUUAUUUUUGCCAAACCCUUUUAUGCUUUGAUUCAGAGUUGGACUUGAUGACUCUUGUGUGUCCCUUCCAACUCAGAAUAUUCUGUGAUGCUCUUGGGCCAGUGUUCCAGUUUACAACAUGGGGAUAGAAGAAGGGAAGGGAUAGAAUUUGGUGCUACCAAAACUUAGAAGAUACGUUUUAACUUAUUUGGAGAUGUGCUGGUAUUAACUGUAGGGAUGGGGGGAGGGAAAAGGAGCAUUGACCUUUUUUUCUAGCCUCACCCACAUCAUGUUUCCCUCAUGCAAAAAGAACAAGCUCAACCACUUUAAGGCUAAACCUUAAUGAUGGAUUUGUUUAACAAACCAACUGUGUGUUACGGCUCUAAAUCCCCCUGUGCCUGGGGAGGAAUGAACUUCAUCUCAGUGGCUCCAAGCAGGGCUGUGAUUGGAAGAAGGAAGAAUCUGCUUUGCUCUGGUUUGUCUGGAUGUCUGGGGCYGAUUGGCCUCUGGGCUGUGGAAUGCCAUGGCUGGGGGUGCUUAUCUGGUACCUCCUCRAGAGUGAGGGCUCCCCAACAGGGUUUACACAACAAAUGCAUUGAUGUGGCUUCUGUGUUACAACCAUCGUGGCCUUCUGGGAUAUCCCUGGUGAGUCACCUGGGUGGUGAAGCCUCUCCAAGGCUGUGCUGUAGGAAGCCCUUUCCAGAUCUUUGGGGGCAAUUAACUCCUUUGUGACACUCUGCAAAACCCCAAAACUCUGUCAGCACUGGGGAAGGGAAAGGAAAGUGUGGCUGAACYCAAAUUUUAAGUAGGAACUUCGAUUUAGUCUCGCUGUCAAAUCUCAGAAGUGGCUUUGUGUCAUGUAUUCAUCUAGAAUUUGAUGCAUUGAGCUAAACCUGGAGUGAUGGCUCAGCAGCACCAGACACAUUUUUGUUCACGGCUUCCAUGUGGUGUUGUCAUUGUCUCAGGCCUUUGUCCUGAUGUUUGUGUUCCCUGUUGCUUUAGCAGGUCUCCUAUGUGUGUGCUGGGCUGUUUUCAUGCAGGUGGCAUUUAGAAGCAAGUCCAAUUUGGUUUCAUCUGUCACUUUGCAGGACUUUUUGCUAUCAUUGGUGUCCCAUUUUCCUCAGACACUUGGGCAGACAGGAGAUCCUUUGGAGUAACAAAGGGCUUUAAGGCAUUCCUCUGUCAAAUGGAGCUUUUCCAUAARCUGGGAUGGUACCAUCCAGACCUGGAGCUCCAAGACAGGUUUGGCUUAUAUCCCACUGCUUGUGAUGCUGGCAGCUGACACUGCUCCGUGAGGGAAGGAGUGCUUGGCUGGUUGGAGCAGCACCCAGUGAUUGACUUGAGGCUCUGCUCUAAAUGAAUUACUGAGGCCAGACUGCAGCUUUCUCCUCUUCACAGGGCAGGUGGUAGAGUUACCCCUGCUAAAAGUUUGGUUUAAUAUUCUCCUUGCAAUGGGCACCUCAAAUCAGCAGAAGCCCCUCUGUGAAGGGCAACACUUGAGCUGGUACAGAGUACAGUAUCACCAGGUCUCUCUAGAAGCUUUAGCAAAUGCAUUAUCAGACCCACUCUUGUCUGCAUCUGGUUCACCAUCAGAAGCAGCAGCAAUGAGGCUCCCGGAUCCAGAGCAACUUCAGACAGCUGAAUCUGCUCCCAAUUCACACUGUGGGGCUUGGUGAGGUGGCCUUGGGAGCAAAGUAAAGGAGGAACCGGGGCACGUUGUCUCUCUUGGUUUGGGAGAGCUGAACCUGCGCCCUUCGCCUGCAGAUGGAUCUACUGCCAGCUGCUUGGAGCAGCAGAUGUUGGCUACUCAGUGUUGGCCACUCAGUGUUGGCUACUCAGUGUUUACUCAGUGUUGGCUACUCAGUGUUAGCCCCUUGUAUCACCCUGUCUGUUUUAGAAGCCAUUGCUCAUCUGGGCCAAGUGGUGCUGCUCUGCACCAAGCUGGUGACAGGCUCUGCUCUCAUGGCCAUGCUGACUUAGCCUGCACAUACAAAAUUUAUGCUAUAAAAGCUUUAGAGCAUCAGCCAAUCUGUUUCAAUGCUCACUUUGAUUCCUCGUCAAAUACAAGUUUUGAAUCCUGCCCUUCUGCCAAAGCUGUAUGGAAGCAUUUAUUCAUAGUGAUAGAAUUCUGUGGGUAACUCUCUCCAAACUGCUAGAAACAACCCUGACCCCCAGCUGAUAAAUAUUUCUAAAACUCUUUCAUCAAGUAGGUCCAAGCCUGGUGAUUUAAAUCUCUUAAUUUCCAAGCCUUGCUUUGAGUGAAUGSCUAUGUGCUGCUAAAUUAGUGAAUAAUUUUUUUAGGAGCAAGAUUUAAUAUAAAAUCGGGGCAGUAGUAUUUAAGGUUAAAAUAAAAUGUAAUAGAAUGUGUGUUURGCAAACGCUGUCUAAAGUUGUCUUUGUUUCAAUGUGUGUCCUCUCUGCUGCACRCACACACACAUCCUCUGUUCAGCCUCUAGCAGCCCCUUUGCUGGUCCCUGUGCUGACCUGGCCCACAGAGUGGGAAAAUUCAUAUGAAAGGAGGGAUGGCAGAGUGCUAUGGCUUAUUGGCUACAGCAGGGGAUAAAGGUACCACCAAAAGCUGUUCAGGUUUCCAAGGAGCCAGGUAUCCCAGCCUAAAAUCAGGCACUUUGUUCUUUUCUCUUCCCUCUCCUCAUUAACCAUUGCUGUUAGUGUCCUAAUGUCACAUCACUUAAUAAAGGGAUUUCACCAUGGAAGUCCAGCUCUAGAGAGUAAAGCAAUGCUCAGAAGCUGCUUUGUAAAGCUGCCAGCACCUGUGGGGACUCAUGUGGGUCUGUAGAGCUUCUUUCUGGGUGUGCUCUGGAGCCACUCCUGGUUUUUGAGAUUUAUUUUUUCCCUUAAAAAUACCGAAGGAAUUCGCUUGGCCUCCUGCUGACUGCRUGCAGGCUGCAGGUAAGCACAGAGGUGAUGUUAGUGAAAUCCCAAUAUCUGAAAGUUUCUGGGCAUGGGUAAUUCUGACAAGAGGAGGGAAUAUUCCUGGUGACCAUCCCUGGUGUGUUUACCUGCUGCAGGACAGAGCUGAGCUACACUGUUAUGACAAUCUCUGCCUYCUUGCUGUGUAUGUUUUAACUUUCCAUGUAGACAUUUGGUCUCCAGGAUUGUUAACCUUGUUAUGUCCUCCACGUUCUCCUCUUCCUUCUCUCCCUCUUGCCAUCUCCUCUUCUCAAAAGUAGCAAUAUUUAAGUGUACUUGCCGAAUGUUCAACUUAAGAUCAGUUUUCUGUAAAACUCUGCCAUUGACGAACAAAAGGAGGAACAGAUCCUAGCAGUUUCUUCACCAGACUUGGACUUCUUGCCAAACAGCUCCCCAGAACUCUUAACAGAAAUUCAAAGAGGAGAAAUCCAGAGGUGUUUCUGCCUGUCUCUCUUGGAAGUCAGCUUGGGAAAUGGGGUUGGUUUCAUGUACAUCAUUCCCCUCUGAAGCACUCAAGGGAUUUCUUCCUGCACUGUGUAGAUGAGGCUUAGUCYGUGAUCCAAAGCACAGCAGUUUGGGUCACACUUUGAUGCUUCAGAGUUUUACAUACUCACUUAGGGAACUUGAGGGAAUCAAUACUCAGGAAUCCUAAAGCUGGUUGUGUUUUGUGUCAUUGACUCUUGUGGGCUGAACACACUGCAGCGUCACAGGUGGCUGAAGAGAGGAGUGGGUGUGUCAUCAAUGGGAUGUGGUUCUGCCCAAAGUAAUACACAUUUGAUUCUUUUUUUGAUUUUUUUUUUAAUAUUGGGGGACUGUUUAUCAACAAAUUAUGUGUAAAAAAAAAUUUGAUAUUUAAAAAAAAUGAAUAAACACUUUAUCAUAAUGUU